AAAAUAAUAAAACUCGAUUCAUUGCAGGAAAAACGUCCACCGCAAACUCGCUCUCUUUCGCGUAAGUGAAUGGAUUGAACCGCAUGCGAAUAUCUGCCACCCGCACGUCCCCAGUAGCCAGUUUACGCGUAGAUGCACGCACAAAAAGAGCCUAACUUCCGGAUCGUGACACUGAUUCAUGCCAGCUGUGCUUCUGCGUGCAAUCUCGUCGAGUAUUAAUCGCACGUUCGAAAGCUAUCUGAGACAUUUGGGAAUUUACAGGCCUUUGCGCGUUAAAGCACGGAUUAUGGAUCACAUCGAGAACGUCAGACUGGUGGAAUGCAAGAACUCGCAGUACGUGAAGCCCACUCGCAUGCUGUUCAAGCAGAACGGGCACGAGAGAGCUUGGGACCUGAUGAAAACACACGAUAGCGUAGCGGCGGUGCUCCAUAACACGUCUCGGAAUGUGCUACUCUUCGUGCGACAGUUUCGACCCGCGGUGUACUACGGGAGGAUUCCUGCGGAAGAGAUUGCUAAGGGUGGACCCAUCGACACGACUAAGUACCCUGGGAGCCUCGGCCUGACGCUGGAGUUGUGUGCAGGCAUCGUCGACAAGAGUUCCAUGAGCCGUGAAGAGACCAUGCAGCAGGAGAUCCUCGAAGAGUGCGGCUACAACGUACCCCUCUCCGGCAUACACAAAGUCACAUCCUUCAGAGCCGGAGUUGGCGUUCUCGGAGCGAGGCAAGACCUCUUCUUUGCGGAAGUCACAGACGACAUGAGGCAGACUGCGGGCGGAGGCUGCGACGCCGAGGGAGAAAUGAUCAACGUUGUUGAACUGACCCUACCGGAAGCGCGGAAGAUGCUCACGGACGAGACAAUAAUGCGACCGUCGGCCCUCCUCUUCGGCGUAACCUGGUUUCUAGAGAUGAGACCAAAGCUCAAAGCCUGAGCCUCCGUUUACGUGACUAGAGCCACUAAAUACACUACGCUUUAGGUAAUUGGUGACCAUGAUUUUAAGCAACAAAAUGGAUGAAGUGUCGUUACUCUGAAGCGUAGCUUAUUUAGUAGCUCUAUACCAGGGGUGGCCAGGCUGACUGGCUUAGGAGCUGCAAACAAAAGCACGAAACUUCCAUGAGCCGCAAGCCCGGGGGGGUGCAAACUUUUGUCCAGAGCAAUAAACGGAACUCAAACUACUUUCAAUCCAUUCAAGUCUAAAGCAGUCCAACUGUAUGUAAGGUAGCAGUAGCACAAGACUACCAAACCGCAACCUGUCUUUCAAUUUAAAACCCGUUCCAUUUCUCUUUUUGGAAAUGUGCUCGUGUGACCAAAAGGGAGGCGGGGGGGCAGGGGAGUGAGCCGCAAGCCGCACUUUAACACGCGAAGAGCCGCAGCUUGGCCACCCCUGCUCUAUACAUUACUACUUAAGCUGGUCAUACCAUUUGCCUUUAGACAAGUCAUAGAAGGUUUUUGCAAUUCUUAUGCUGUGUAUUUUCUGCCACCACAGUCUUACAUUUUUGUUGGAGAUGGGAACACGUUUCCAACUGCAUCAAGCUUGCUGCAGCUAUUAGUCUGUUUAAGACUUAUUGAUGCUUGUUGUUCCAAAACAGUUUUUGCAGGUCCUGACUCGGAUGAUAACCUAUGCGUAUCAGCGACCGAAUGACCAGUACAAAGAGGAUGUGUCAUGGUGAUAAUGCUGUCAUCAUGAGUGAAUAGUUCUUGGGAUAGAUGGAUUUUUUUUUUUUAGAGGUAAACUAUUGUUUACUGAUGAUGUAGGCCCGUUUUUGAUGCUGCCUUCGAUACUGAUAAUAAGGUAUAUUUGUAUGACUUCUGGCAGUGUUGAUUGUGUGUAGGGCACAGUGAUCACCAGUAUUGAUGUCCAUUCCUCUCCCUUCUAAACUACAUUUCCAGGUGUGUUUUUUUCCUGCACUGAAUUUAAUUGUUUGCAUGAAGACAUUUGGAGAAGAACUGACAGCUUUUAUUUUUGGAAGUCUUAUGUGGACAACAUUCUGCAGCUAUGCAGUCAAAGCUAUGGGCGUAUGUGCGCUUAAAAGCACUUUGAAUUCUCUCAAAGCUGUACAUGCGCACUCUUCACGUCUUUUGAAAUAGCUGCCCGAGAUUAUAGUCUGGUAACUGUGGUGAUGCGUAUUAGAGCCACCAUGUUCUGUUAUCCAGUCCUUUGGACAAAUGAGGAUAUGGAUCUUCUUUUCUAUACCUAUGACAGUUUACUGGAGUGUUACACUUGGGAGGAGGGUUGCUGAGCUGUGGCUGAUUCUCCAGCUCCGUGAUUAGCUAUGCAGGGUUUAACUUCAAUAGGUCCUCGUGUAGAGGAAUGCAAGUUGCUGGAAUUUUCUCCCGAACAGCCAGAAGCGAGUAAGCCAAAUUCAAGGAUGUUCCAGAGAUUCCCCAGGAAAGUUGCAUCUGUGCCCAUCAUGAAUCAUCUUCAAUUCUGAUGUUUGUACAAAAAUAGCUUCCGGUCCUUGUAGGAGCAAAAAGCUAUUCUCUUGGUGGCAAUCACCAUGAGAAAAAUGGUGAAGAAUUUGAAUGUAAUUCAUUUUUCCAAAUGCCUUGCAAACCAAUAAAGAAUCAAUACCAUAAAGUUA